AAUUAGAUGGGGGAAGAAGGUGGGAGCAAAGUUAUUCUUAUUACACGGAGAAACUAAUGAGAAUGGGCGGAGAUUUCGAAGAUUAACAUCUUCCAACGGUGACGAAUCACAAGCUCACAACAACCGGGGACAAUAUAACUCCACUUUUUUUCUCCCUCGAUUUUGCCUCCAUAUCUCCGCAUAAACUUCCAACCUCUACUUUGCUGCUCGUUUCUAGCUCCGCCUGAUCCUCAGCUGUUUUCCACUUCACUUCUCGCUUCUCCUCCAUGGAGUCCUCCGCAUCGCUUCGAUCCUUUCACUAUUUUGCAGGUGGUUCACGUCUGCAGUUAGUUGAUAAACCAAGUAAAAUUUACCUGGCUAGUACUAAUAAGUCGAGCAUUCAAAGACUAUCAAUUUUUGGUAAGCCCAUACAUAGUCCAACAAGCCAGAAGAAGAUAGUGGUAUCAUGCAUAAAGACACCUGAAGUUUCGGAAGCUGCUAAGCCUAAGGAUAGCGCCCAGGGUUCAGUACAGAAGAAACCUGCAUCAAAUGCUACUUUUCCCAAUGGAUUUGAAGCAUUGGUGCUGGAGGUCUGUGAUGAAUCAGAGAUUGCUGAACUAAAACUAAAGGUUGGAGAGUUUGAAAUGCAUUUGAAGCGGAAUAUUGGAGUAGUAAGAGCUCCUCUCUCUUCCAUUUCUCCAACAGUACCUCCGCCAAUUCCAUCCAAACCCAUGGUUGAGUCGGCUCCUACUGCACCAGCACCUCCGAAACCUUCUCCAGAGAAAGCAGCUGCUUUUACCAAUAUUCCCUUACAGAAGUCGUCAAAGCUAGCAGCUUUGGAGUCAUCUGGAGCAAAAGGAUACGUCUUGGUACCUUCUCCUACGGUUGGAUCAUUCCGUAGUGGCAGGACAAUAAAAGGAAAGAAGCAACCUCCGAUCUGCAAAGAGAAUGACUUGAUAAAGGAAGGACAAGUAAUUGGAUACGUGGAUCAGUUUGGCACUGAACUUCCUGUAAAGUCGGAUGUAGCUGGAGAAGUAUUGAGGGUUCUCUUCAAGGACGGAGGUACGAUUAUUCUGUUUACUUCAAUUGUUUUUUUAAAAAAAUUGUGGAAGUAUAAAAUCAUACUAUGUUUAUACAAUUCCUCAAAGUCCGAACCUGAAGUUGAUUGAAGGAAUUUUUGGCUUACCAAGAGAAGUAAAUAAGUCUAAGGUUAAUAUGUCGGAGUUAGUAAGUUUGUGUUUUGGAUGUAGAGUUGUAAAAUGAAGUUUCUCGAUAAUUAUAGAAAGUAGGUUAAGAUAGAAAAUGAAGUUAAUUGAUAAAUAUGAAAAGUUUAAAUAGAAUGGAAGAUUGAGUUAUUCUAUAAAUGUGCAAGUUCAAGUUCAA